UUUGGGGAGAUAUAAAGCUUGUGCGGCAUCAAAACCUUGCUCAACUUCACUACAUUACAGAGAAGAAGCAGAAGAAGAACAAGAAAACGAAGAAGAAGAAGAAAACAAGAAGAAUUAGAAUCCGACAUGGAGUGCGUAUUCGGAUUGGUCGGAAAUGGGUUCGCGAUCGUGGUGGCGGAUUCAUCGGCGGUGCACAGCAUCCUCGUUCACAAGUCCAACGAAGACAAGAUCAUGGUCCUCGAUUCCCACAAACUCAUCGCCGCUAGCGGUGAACCCGGAGACAGGGUUCAAUUCACAGAGUACAUUCAGAAGAAUGUCGCCUUGUAUCAGUUCCGUAACGGCAUCCCUCUCACCACCGCCGCCGCUGCCAAUUUCACACGUGGAGAACUUGCCACCGCUCUACGCAAGAACCCCUACUCCGUGAACAUCCUUCUUGCUGGUUAUGACAAAGAGACUGGUCCUGAACUGUACUACAUUGACUACAUUGCAACCCUUCACAAGCUUGAAAAGGGGGCUUUUGGUUAUGGCUCCUAUUUUUCGCUCUCAAUGAUGGACAGACACUACCAUAGUGGAAUGUCAGUUGAAGAGGCAAUUGAUCUCGUUGAUAAGUGCAUUAUGGAGAUCAGAUCCAGGCUGGUUGUUGCGCCACCCAACUUUGUUAUUAAAAUUGUUGACAAGGAUGGUGCAAGGGAGUAUGCGUGGCGUGAAUCAGUCAAGGACACUCCUGUUCCUUCCGCUUGAGUAACCGUCCCUAAUUCUCAUCGGACUUUAUUCCAUCUGCCUAUGUUUUUAUCCUUUUUACAAUUUUUUUUACUGGUCUUGUAAUGUCUCUGAAAAUCAUGGUCUAUAGAUGAUGCACUUAAGUAAGACAGUUUAUCAUUUGAAUUAAUAUGAACGAUGACUAGUUCUCUGCCAGAAA